UUCUGGAAAUUUGUUUCAUUUCUUUGAUUAGGCCUUGUUUUGCUCUUUCUUCAUGUACUUUGCAACUUUAUGCUUAGAUCCAUGCAUUUGAAAAAACAACAGCCUCUCCCAAUCUUUGUGGACUAGCUUUGUAACAAGGAAAGAUUUUUGCCAAGCAGCCCUGCUGUAGAGAAUCUGGGGGCCUUUCAAACCUUUUGUGUGGAAAUGUCUUCUCUAGACUUGUGUGUGUAAAUUUGCAACUAGAGGGAUUUGCUUUUUCAGGAGCUCAUAAUCUCUUAUUCCCUCUGGUGUCUAUUUAUGGUACUGCAGGUUCCCUGGAGCUGCCACAAACCUCCCAGCUCUCCUUCUCAGCUGCCCCCAGGCUUCUAGAGUAUCCCAGGUCCCAUGAAUGCUGCAGGUUGGCCAAGACGGAAACCAGACCCUUGUACAGCUCCUUGAAAAGCAGGAGCUUUGGAUGCAUGCUCCUUUCUCGUCUUUCCACGGGCCUCUGUCUGCUGUACCAUGGGUCCUCAGGAACGGUAGCAAGCUGCCCAGCUCUCUUUGUUUUUCAGAGGCCCCCAGAUAUCUGAAGUAUGCUGUGUCCUGUCAGUGCUCUGAGACAGGCAAGGCAGAAACCAUUCUCUCAGGCAGCUCCCCGAAAAGCUGGAAUGUUGGGCACCCAUUCUAAUUCUUCCUUCCCAGAGAAAAGCCAGGAGUUGGGGGUUUUCUUCUGCUUGUUUUGUGCCAAGCCACGGGUAGGGAUGAUGGGAGAUGCCAGGAGCUGAGAAUUUUCUCCAGUUGCACCGGGCUGAGCCAGGGGGAGAGGCAAUGAUGCUUGCUCUGUCAAGACGCCACCUAGUGUCUCCUUCGCUCAGCGUGACAUCAUUCAGACGCUGCUACAGAGGUGACAGCCCGACUGAUUCCCAAAAGGACAUGAUUGAAAUCCCUUUGCCUCCAUGGCAGGAGCGAACUGAUGAAUCCAUAGAAAUCAAAAGAGCCCGGCUGCUCUAUGAGAGCAGAAAGAGGGGAAUGCUGGAAAACUGCAUCCUGCUUAGCCUCUUUGCUAAGGAACAUCUGCAGCACAUGACAGAGAAACAACUGAACCUCUACGAUCGCCUGAUUAAUGAACCCAGUAAUGACUGGGAUAUUUACUACUGGGCUACAGAAGCAAAACCAGCCCCAGAAAUAUUUGAAAACGAAGUCAUGGCCCUGCUGAGAGACUUUGCUAAGAAUAAAAACAAAGAGCAGCGACUGCGGGCCCCAGAUCUCGAAUACCUCUUUGAAAAGCCACGUUGAGCUGAGUGCUGCUGCCUGCCUGGCCUUGUUCCCUGAACACUCACUGCUUAUGCCGGGUACUGGCCUUGAUGUCCUGCUUCUCCGUAGACGCUCAGCCCACCCAGACCGUUGGUCCUGCCUCCAGUGAUGGACCUGCCUCUCUCCUGAGGACAUGUAAAUGUUCAGUGUAUCUCAUUCUAAGACCUUGUGGUUUUGUUCUAAGCCUCAAAGCAGUUUGUCCACAUAACCGGUGCUCGAACCCAACUUUCUCUGGCUCCACAGGAGGGCACUGUAGGGGAAGCGAUUGUGCCGGCUCGUUGCUUCAGCCAGAGGCGUGCUCCGUGCAAAGGUGCAGCCAGCUGCACAUGCUGUGUGGAACGCUCCCCAGGUUACCCAGGGCUUUGUUCCAGUGAAAUUCCCCCUUCUAACCUGGGAUGGUUCUUUCUGCCAAGGGAAGCUGAUCCAAGCCCCCUGAGCGGCAUCCUUCAAAGGCCCAGGAGGCAGAAUGAAGGCAGCGGGCAGGAAUGGUGUUGGCGUGCUGCCUAAGAGUCAGCAUCCUCAUCAGAUUUUCUCUAAAAUGCUCACUGGGUAAACUGAACCGUAAUCGAACAUUAAAGAUUAUUUUAAAAAGGAAAA